CAAAACAAAAUUUUAAUUUUGAAAAGUCCCCCAAAAUCUUGUUUUACGUCUAGCAAACAUCAACCCACAUUUGCUUUUAACGUCUCAGACUUAAGAGCAACAAAAAUAUGGCCUGGAUAAGAAUAAUAAACAUCGUUCUCGUCCUUUUGCUGUACUUCCAAUUAGCCCAACUGGUGAUGCACAUUGAUGACGGCGAUGGUCCCGAGCACUUGAGCGCCAGAUUAUCCCAGCAUAAGAAGCAGAGAAGUUGGGACUUCGAGGAGGGGCAGGACCAGGAUCAGGAUCAGUGGCAGGUCGAUACCUAUAUGGAGUCGCGGUCGGGCAUCUGUUCCGCCGAGAAUGCUCACGAAGUGAGAUACGAGAAGAACAAUCGCUGCAAGGGUCCCAAGAAGGUUGUCAAGGAUGAGGACGACGACGAUGAGGAUUCCGAUCCGGCUGCCAAUGACGACGAGGACGACGACGAUGAUGACGAGGAGGACGGCGAUGAUGAGAACGAUGAGGAAGGCAAUGAGUUCAGCAUGGAGGACGAAGCCUUCGUGGAGAGGAUCACCUGCCUCCUGGGAUCCCUCCAUAAGCACACCAAGGCUAUGACCGAUAACCUCAAGAUCCUGCAGUCGCGUUUGGGUUCAAAGAAGAGCACAGCCCCGGGAACCAUGUGUAGGAAAACCAACUUUGGGACCAUGAUUUCAGGACACCCCAAUGCGAAGUGGCUCAAGAAGCCGGAUUUCUACGGGGAACAAGAGCCAUGCGGUGAGGAGAAGUGUGAUUCGCAGGAGGGCAUGGAGCUCGAGGAUAGCCAACCGGCGCAGCCCCUCGGUGACGAUCACCGCAUCGUCGUACCGCCCCUUCUGCAGUUGAUCCACGGUGCUGCCUCGCUGCAAUCCCACUUGAAGGGCCGCCCGGAGACCUCGGAACCAAGGCCCAGGUAUUGGAUGCCCACAAGGGAGGCUCCCGAAGAUUUGCAGGCCCCGUUAAACUCAAUCCCGGAGGAUAAGACUCUGCUGCGAUACGAGGAGUACGAGGCGAGGUUGAGGAGCCUCAUGGACAACCGGGAUGCCAUCGAGCGGAACGUAAUGAAGAUGAUCAGCCCGCGGCGGUAGGAAUGUAGGAUAUAAAUGCAUUAUAUCACAAUUUUACUCAGAGAUUUCCUAAUA